AUGUGGCUGUUUUGUACCCAGAUGAUUUGUCCCAAAUUGCAGUUCAUAGCCAUCGAUGGUCUGAGACUCCGGUACCAGACAAACGCCCGCAUUGUUUAUAAGUAUAUCUACUUUUGUCUCCCGUUUCGUGAUUUCGGUCACGAAUUGACGGACGGAUUGAACCCCACGUAUACUCAUUUGAUAUGCGGUCUCUUUGCCGAUCCCAGCGUUAGCUCCGGUGAUGACCACAAGCAGGCCAUCCAAACGCCUGUUUCCCUCUGCAUCAAAAUAUUAUUGAUUAUACAACGAGUGAAUAAUAGUAAACGACUCGACGGACAGGUAGUGGUCAUUACCGGCGGAAACACCGGUAUAGGGAAAGAGACAGCAUUUCAAUUGUCUCUGAGGGGCGCAAAAAUAAAACAGUACCAAUAUACAUUGGAUGUCGAGAUGAAACAAAAGCCCAGACAGCAAUCCGUGACAUCAAAGUCCGGAAUCCAAAGGCAAACAUAA